ACCAACUAACACCAUCACCCAACGCCCUCAAUUCGGCUGUAUUCCUUUUUGGGUUUUUGGCCGUCCGCUUAAAGAAACAGAAAGCUUUUGGUGGCAAUCAAUGGUAAAGCCCUAAAAAAACACACACCCACAACCCAAAAGUGGAACCCAGAUUCGAAGUUUGUUCAGAUUAUUAAAUGCCCUUCUUCACCCCCUCCAUUUCUAUUCAAAUUUCAAACCCAAAUUCCCACUUCUUCUUCUUCUUCUUCAACCUUUUUCUAUCUGCCUCUACUCUCAAUGGAGACUGAGAAACGAAAUUCAGAGAAGUGGGUAAUUUUCUGAGCUGAGAGAUUGUUGCAGUUGUAAUUAGUGAAGGCGUAAAGACAAUACUCAAAAGGGGUUUUCGAAAUGAGUACGGCUCGAUUCAUCAAGUGUGUUACUGUUGGAGAUGGGGCUGUGGGGAAGACUUGCAUGCUCAUCUCCUACACUAGCAACACUUUCCCAACUGACUAUGUGCCGACAGUUUUUGAUAAUUUCAGUGCUAAUGUGGUGGUGGAUGGUAGCACCGUCAACUUGGGGCUUUGGGACACUGCUGGACAGGAAGAUUACAAUAGGCUGAGACCUUUGAGUUAUAGAGGUGCAGAUGUGUUUCUGUUGGCCUUUUCUCUAAUCAGCAAAGCUAGCUAUGAAAAUAUCUCCAAGAAGUGGAUCCCUGAGUUGCGGCAUUAUGCCCCGACUGUGCCGAUUGUUCUUGUCGGAACCAAACUUGAUUUAAGGGACGACAAGCAAUUUCUGACUAGCCAUCCCGGUGCUGUACCGAUCACAACAGCGCAGGGUGAAGAGCUGAAGAAAUCAAUUGGAGCUGCUGUUUACAUAGAGUGCAGCUCCAAAACUCAGCAGAAUGUCAAGGCUGUGUUUGAUGCUGCCAUCAAGGUUGUUCUACAGCCACCGAAACUGAAGAGAAAGCGACGAAAGGCCAGAACAUGUGUGUUUCUUUGAGUUGGAUUUCAUGUCAUGCUGUUUUCUCUUGAGGCAAACUUGGCCUCCUCUUCCAAAUACUGAUGCUCAUUGUGCUUGCUUUUUAUAUUAAUCUUCUUGUUUAAUAUGAAAGAGCUGAUGUUUUUAUGCUUUCAAAGAAUAUAUAUAUAUAUAUAUAUACACACACAUGAAGUGUUCAUUGAGAGA